AUGGACAUCAAGCAUCCCGAUACGGGGAAUCGCCGUGCCCGCCAGCAGGGCGACACUGCCAUCCCGUUCAAGCUUCCCUCGUCGCAACUGGUUCAACUGGUCCUCCAGCCUCACAUCGUCUCCAGCAUUGUGGCCUAUGCGGCAUCCGAUUAUUCGACUUUCAAGCCUCUCCAUCUUCUCACCCUCUGCAAGGCGUUCUACCAUCCCACCCACGAGAUCAUGUAUCGCGACAAAUAUCGCGACCUCUCGUACCAAGGAUAUUUCAGCUUUGGUUUCCUCCAUCACGGGUUAAUCAAGCCGACCGGGUUCGUUUACACCGAGGAACUGAUGGUAUUCAAUCAUUCCGCCUGUCGCCCCACAGUCUCCCAUCCUCCUAUUUCGUUCCCCAACCUCAAGUCGCUCACCCUGGUGCUGUUGGACGAUCGUUGGUGUCUUCACUGCCCCGUUAUUCGCGGCGCGUCUCCCUCAGACAAACUCAAGAUCGCCAUCGAACAGCGCACCUUUCCCAAUACACCAGCCGUUGCAGACCUCAUCCUCAGCUGCUCAUCGCGAGUUCCCGUUAUCAAGUUUGAAGUGGGCUCGGCCGCGGCACUGGAGCUCAUCCCUCGCAUCCUUAGCUUCCCGCGCGGUCCCAACGUCAGGAACAUGACAUUUCGAGUCCCGUUGCGUGGCGGUUUUUUCUGCGACGAGUUUCGCCAAGCGUGCCAGUCGUUUAUCUCGACACUCAAGAGCCUCCCACACGGCGAGACUUUGAUUCUUUGUGUCGAGUUUCAACGGGACAGCGACAUUCCUCGCGAGUUCCUUGGACGCCUUUGGGAAGAAAUUGAAGACUACCAAUCGAUUUGGCACGAGGAGUCUGUCGACGUCCGCGACAACAUCAAGGCUUGUGUCUCCCUCAUCAACAGCGUGCCAGACCCCGAUGGCUUGGACAGCGAUGAGGAAGGCAGUGACGAGAACAUUGAGGAGGAAGGCAGCGACGAGAGCAGCGAGGAGGAUGGCAGCGACGAGAACAGCGACGAGAACAGCGACGAGGCACCCAGUGACACGAGUAGCGAUUAG